AUGAAUAUGGAAGUUAAUGAUCUUGAAGAUAUUGAAGUUUAUCAAGACGAUCUCAUCGUUCAUGGUUCUGAUAAGGUAACUUAUGAUCAGAGAUUUAUUGCUUCAUUACGUCGUUUAAUCGAGAAGAAUAUCACGGUGAAUCUAAAUAAGUGUUCAUUUUGUGCAUGUAGUUUUGAAUAUCUUGGGUACCUAGUUGAUGGUAAUGGUUUUAGACCAGAUAUGAAACGACUAGCUCCACUGACAAAUGCACCGUCUCCAAAAAACCUUACAGAACUACACUCAAUAGUGUGUGCUCUUCAAUACUAUUCCCGUUUUAUUCCUAGUUUUUCUUGUCGUGCAAAUUGUUUAUUUAAUAUUUUGAUAUCCAAUUCAUCCAAAUACAGUGAGGAAGAAGAGGCGUGCUUACCGAUUUUGUUAAAGUUUUUUCAAAGUGAUGCUGUUCUCCGAACUUACUCCCCUAGUGUACAUUCUAUACUUAUUACUGAUGCAUCACCUGUAGGAAUUUGUGCAGUUUUGGAGUAG